GGCGCAGAAGCGAGCCCCGCUUCCUCCUCCUCCGCCUCCUCCUCCUGCGCAGGCGCAGUGGAAGCGAGACGAGACAAGGGGGCCUGGGCCGCGCAUGCGCACUCGGUGAAGGAGCGGAGGAGGAGGAGGCCUGCCUGCUGCUGCUGCUGCCACUGGGGACGGAGAGCGAUGGGGGACAACAAGCGCCUGGCCUUUGCCAUCGUCCGGUUCCUGCAGGACCAGCUCCAGGGAGGGGGUCUCUCGCCGGACGCCCAGGAGAGCCUCGAAGUGGCCAUCCAGUGCCUUGAGACGGCCUUUGGGGUCUCCAUGGAGGACCGGGGCCUGGCCCUCUCCCAGACCCUCCCCGAGAUCUUCGAGGCCGCCGCCGCCAAGGAGCCUCAGCGGGACACGCCGACCCCGGAGCCGGUGACCCCCUCGGAAGAAGACGCGGCCGAAGCCGAGAGGCUGAAAGCGGAAGGGAACGAGCAGAUGAAGGCGGAGAACUUUGAGAGCGCCGUCUCCUUCUACGCCAAGGCCAUCGAGCUCAACCCCGCCAACGCCGUCUACUACUGCAACAGGGCCGCCGCGUACAGCAAGCUGGGGAACUACGCCGGGGCCGUGCGGGACUGCGAGAGGGCCAUCCACAUCGACCCCAAGUACAGCAAAGCCUACGGGCGGAUGGGCCUGGCGCUCUCCAGCCUGAACAAGCUCUCGGAGGCGGUGGUCUACUACCAGAAGGCGCUGGAGCUGGACCCCGAGAACGAGACCUACAAGUCCAACCUCAAGGUCACCGAGCAGAAGAUGAAGGAGGCCCCCAGCCCGACGGGGGGUGCCGGGGGCUUCGACCUGGCCGGCCUCCUCAACAACCCCAGUUUCAUCAACAUGGCGGCGAACCUGGUGAACAACCCACAGUUGCAGCAAUUGAUGUCUGGGGUGAUUUCGGGGGGCCAGACCCCCAGGGCCUCCUCUUCCUCCUCUUCCUCCUCCUCGUCUUCUUCGGCCCCCGGAGCCUCCGCCGCCCCCAACGACCUCGCCAGCCUCAUCCAAGCAGGGCAACAGUUUGCGCAGCAGAUGCAGCAGCAGAACCCGGAGCUGAUUGAGCAGCUGAGGAGCCAGAUCCGGAGCCGGACCCCCAGCGCCAGCAACGAGGAGCAGCAGGAAUGAGCGAGGGACGGACGGACGGACGGACGGGAGGAAGGAAGGAAGGAAGGAAGGAAGGGAAGGAGGACGGAGGGCUGCCGCUCUUCCUUCCUUCCUGGGGUCCCUUUAAUGCGCCGUCAAUGGGAAGCUGGCCCCGAUUGUCAGGGAGUGUUGAUCAUGUUUGUCUGUUGUUGUUUCUUUAAUGAAUUGGGAGGAAGAGGAGGAUGGAGUGCGGCAUGUCGAGUCUUCCCUUCCCUUCCCUUCCUUCCUUCCUUCCUUCUUUCCUUCCUUCCUUCCUGUCCCGAACUAUUUUUUUUAAAACGUAGGAAAAUAAAUUCCUUUUGACACUC